AAAAGUGCCGCUUCCGGCGCCCGGCUGGUUUGGUAGCGAGGCGGCGGCGGCUGUGCCUGGAGGGUUCGCGAUGUGUGUCUCAGGGUUAAGCUUGAAGAAAUCCGGGGCGUUCCUCAAAGCCUUGAAAGGAGAACCUCGCUAUCGCCUGGCCCAGAAUGUGGCUACGUCAACGGAUUUCCUGGACGGAAGCCUCGACCGGGACAUUCUCCAAAGCACCCUGCAGGUCUUCCAGCACGCGGUGCCGGCCGAAGGGAAGCCGAUCACCAACCAGAAGAAUUCAGGACGCUGUUGGAUCUUCUCCUGCUUAAAUGUGAUGCGCCUGCCACUCAUGAAGAAAUUGAACAUUGAGGAGUUUGAGUUCAGCCAGUCCUACCUCUUCUUUUGGGACAAGAUCGAACGCUGCUACUACUUCCUUCACGCCUUCAUUGAGACCGCUCAGGAGCCUGUCGACGGGCGGCUGGUGCAAUUCCUCCUCACCAACCCUUGCAACGACGGCGGCCAGUGGGACAUGCUGGUGAACAUCAUCGAAAAGUACGGUGUCGUUCCGAAGAAGGUUUUCCCUGAAUCCAAUACCUCUGAGACCUCCAGACGGAUGAAUGACAUCCUGAACAAUAAGAUGCGGGAAUAUUGCCUUCGGCUACGAAACAUGGUCGAGACCGGAUGUAGCAAAGAGGAGCUUUCGGCAGCAGUCGACACCAUGAUCGAGGAGGUAGGUGGUCCUUGGGGAAGGGACCCCCGUCCCGAAUUUGGGGGUUGCUUCCGAA